GCGCCUCUGAGCCCGCAGAGCCAGAGCCUGACGAUGCAGCUUGGCUGCUGACUGCCCGGGCGCGUGGCCCCGAGGAUCCUCGCUGCGGUCAUCACUCUGCAGUCUUCAUGGUGUAUUCCUCCUCAGUGCUUCCGGCCGUGUAGCCGCCGCUGCCGGCCGGGCCUCAGGGCACUCUGCCUAUUCAUCAGGCACUUUGCAUCUUCACCUCCAUUCCCAUUUGCUUUUCCUUCCCCCGGCUGCUUCCCAUCUCUCUCCGCCACCCCGCUAUGGCCGCCGAAGAGGUGCUGCAAACCGUAGACCACUAUAAGACUGAAAUAGAGAGGCUGACCAAGGAGCUCACAGAAACCACCCACGAGAAGAUCCAGGCUGCUGAGUAUGGACUGGUGGUGCUGGAGGAGAAACUGACUCUCAAGCAACACUAUGACGAGCUGGAGGCCGAGUAUGACGGCCUCAAGCAAGAGCUGGAGCAGCUCAAAGAGGCAUUUGGGCAAUCCUUCUCUAUCCAUCGUAAAGUGGCUGAGGAUGGAGAGACUCGGGAGGAAACACUUCUACAGGAGUCUGCAUCCAAGGAAGCUUAUUAUCUAAACAAGAUCUUGGAGAUGCAGAAUGAACUGAAGCAGAGCCGGGCUGUGGUCACAAAUGUCCAGGCAGAAAAUGAGAGGCUCACAGCUGUUGUGCAGGAACUGAAGGAGAACAAUGAGAUGGUGGAGCUACAGAGAAUACGAAUGAAAGAUGAAAUCCGAGAAUAUAAAUUCCGGGAGACCAGACUCCUUCAGGACUAUACAGAACUGGAAGAAGAAAAUAUUACAUUGCAAAAGCUAGUGUCCACGUUAAAACAGAACCAGGUUGAAUACGAAGGCUUAAAACAUGAAAUUAAGCGAUUUGAAGAAGAAACAGUGUUACUGAACAGCCAACUGGAAGAUGCCAUCCGACUGAAAGAGAUUGCAGAGCAUCAGUUGGAAGAAGCCCUUGAGACAUUGAAAAAUGAAAGAGAGCAAAAAAACAACCUGAGGAAGGAGCUGUCCCAAUACAUCACCCUCAGUGAUAACCACAUCAGCAUCUCGGUAGAUGGGCUCAAGUUUUCUGAGGAUGGGAGUGAGCCAAACAAUGACGACAAGAUGAAUGGGCAUAUCCAUGGGCCUCUUGGGAAACUUAACGGAGACUAUCGUACUCCCACAUCACGGAAAGGAGAAUCCCUACACCCCGUGUCUGACUUAUUCAGUGAGCUGAACAUUUCAGAAAUUCAGAAAUUGAAGCAGCAGCUCAUGCAGGUAGAAAGAGAAAAAGCCAUUCUUCUGGCCAACCUCCAGGAGUCACAAACUCAGCUAGAACACACCAAGGGGGCACUGACAGAGCAGCAUGAGCGAGUGCAUCGGCUCACAGAGCAUGUCAAUGCCAUGAGGGGCCUGCAGAACAGCAAGGAGCUCAAGGCUGAGCUCGAUUCUGAGAAGAGCCGCAACUCAGCCGAGGAGGCCCAUGACUAUGAGGUGGACAUCAAUGGCUUAGAGAUCCUUGAGUGUAAAUAUAGAGUGGCUGUCACUGAGGUCAUUGAUUUGAAAGCAGAAAUUAAGGCCUUAAAGGAGAAAUAUAAUAAAUCUGUAGAAAGUUAUACAGAAGAAAAGACGAAAUAUGAGAGUAAGAUCCAAAUGUAUGAUGAGCAAGUGACAAACCUUGAGAAGACAUCUAAGGAGAGUGGCGAGAAGAUGGCCCACAUGGAGAAGGAGUUGCAAAAGAUGACUGGUAUAGCCAAUGAAAAUCACAACACUCUCAAUUCAGCCCAGGAUGAGUUGGUGACGUUUAGUGAGGAGCUAGCACAGCUUUAUCACCAUGUGUGUUUAUGCAAUAAUGAAACUCCCAACAGGGUCAUGUUGGACUACUAUAGGCAAAGUAGAGUUACCCGAAGUGGCAGUCUCAAGGGGCCUGAUGAUCCUAGGGGGCUUUUGUCUCCAAGAUUAUCCAGGAGGGGUAUUUCAUCCCCAGGAGAAUCAAGGACAUCACCUGAACCAGUUUCAAAAGAAAAUGCAGAGACUAUUAAAGAGCCAAGUCCAACCAAGACUCCUACAAUCUCUCCUGUUAUUACUGCCCCACCAUCAUCUCCAGUUUUGGAUACAAGUGAUAUCCGCAAAGAGCCAAUGAAUAUCUACAACCUCAAUGCCAUAAUCCGGGACCAAAUCAAGCAUCUGCAGAAAGCAGUGGACAGAUCCUUACAGCUGUCUCGUCAAAGGGCAGCAGCGCGAGAGUUGGCUCCCAUGAUUGAUAAGGACAAAGAAGCCUUAAUGGAAGAGAUUCUCAAGCUGAAGUCCUUGCUGAGCACCAAGCGGGAGCAGAUUGCCACACUGAGGGCAGUGUUGAAAGCCAAUAAGCAGACAGCUGAAGUGGCUCUAGCUAAUCUGAAGAACAAAUAUGAAAAUGAAAAGGCAAUGGUGACUGAAACAAUGACAAAACUGAGGAAUGAACUGAAGGCUUUGAAAGAAGAUGCUGCAACCUUCUCAUCCCUAAGAGCAAUGUUUGCAACAAGAUGUGAUGAAUAUGUCACACAGUUGGAUGAGAUGCAGAGACAGUUAGCAGCUGCAGAAGAUGAGAAGAAGACUCUAAAUACUUUAUUGAGAAUGGCUAUCCAGCAAAAGCUCGCCCUGACACAGCGGCUGGAGGACUUAGAGUUUGACCAUGAGCAGUCCAGACGCAGCAAAGGCAAACUUGGAAAGAGCAAGAUCGGCAGCCCUAAAGUAAGUGGGGAGACGCCAGCCACUGUGCCUACCAUAGACACUUACCUCCUGCAUAGUCAGGGUCCACAGACACCCACCAUUCGGGUCAGCAGUGGCACUCAGAGGAAAAGACAAUUUUCACCUUCCCUUUGUGAUCAGAGCCGUCCCAGGACUUCAGGGGCUUCCUACCUACAGAAUUUAUUAAGAGUUCCCCCUGAUCCCACCUCCACAGAAUCAUUUCUUCUGAAAGGUUCCCCUUCCAUGAGUGAACUCAUCCAAGGGCAUCGGCUCAGCAAGGAAAAAAGGUUAACCGUGGCUCCACCAGAUUGUCAGCAGCCUGCUGCCUCCGUACCGCCACAGUGCUCACAACUAGCUGGGAGGCAAGACUACCCAACUGUCAGGUAAAUUCUCAGGUCCUUCCUUUUCCCACCAGCUGCAUGUCAGCUCCCCUUCCCAUGGGCAUAACUACCUAUGCAUCUUUAUAUGUUAUUGCAUGUUUUUUCAUGAAUUGGCUACAUGAUGAUACCCUUGUUACUUGAAGUCCAUAUUACCUAUGAGCAUGCACAGGACUUAGUGCUAUGGCUUCAUUUCCUCCUAGUGAGCAAAUAAGUGGAUUGUUCCAGUACUUCAUUGCCUCCAAUCUCAAACCUGUAAUUGUUAAGCUUUUAUCUUUUGGUCCUUCAAAUAUACAUCUCAGACAAACAGUGAAAAUGUAUGCAAUUAUAUAUGAAAAAUAUCUAAUGUCCAUUCUAGGGCACUAUAAAAGGAUUUCCAUUUUCUGUGUACUUAGUCCCAUUGUUAAAACUGAACUGAAAAGAUAAAGAAUGCUAUUUGUGAUAGUACAUAUCUGUAACCCAAAGACUUUGUAGGCUGUAUUAAAAGGCUGAGUUUGAGAUCAGCAUAAGUUAUAUAUUGAAUUCAGUGCCAGCUUGUGAUACAGAAUAACACUGUCUCCAAAAUCUGUAAAAGAAAGGAAGGGAAAAAAGGAGGGCAAAGGGGAGAGAAAAAUUCAAAUCUGAAUUCUAAAAAAAUGCGGUGAUUAUUUUUCCUUUAUCUGAAAUGAAGUGUUUUAAAGUCAUGUUUGUAGACUCCUUAGACACUGAACUGGAGAGUUCACUGACAAUUUAUAUUCCAGUUUAAAGUACUUCAAUUCAGUUUCUAGUUACCUCCAUCCUGAGAGACUCCCCACAGCCUAGCAGCAUCUCCUCAGAACCUCAUCUCCAUAGUGUCCUUCAUCCUCACUUCUGUUGGACUAAACUUUUGAAUCUGAAGUCUAUUUAUUUAUUUUAGAACCUGCUUCUUAAUUUACAUAAUGUAUCUCUUGUUCUCCUACAAGAAGAAGGCUUGUAUCAAGCAAGGACAAGCCCAAACAUAGGUCCAUGUGUGUGUCUGACAUAAGUAGCUGUCAGUAGCAGACAUGCAUGAUCAUACCUUAGGGCAAUUGGGUAAUGACCAAUACAGAAUCCGUACAUCCAAAGCUAGUGAUAUGGUUUAUUGCCUAGGUAAGUGUAACAUUGCCAACAGUAUUGUGCAUUGAACCUAGGGCCUCACAUGUGCUAUGCUAAGGGCUCUACUACUGAGCUGCAUUGCCAGCCCCCAAAGUACAUUGUUAAGUAAUAACUAGACAGUUUCUUCUGAUUGAUCUUAGAGAAGACUGAUCAUGCAUUUAUCUCAGAAAUGUUCUGUAUUUUUUUAGAUUUAUUUAGUUUAUUUUAUGUGUGAAUGUUUUCCUUGCAUGUAUGUAUGUGCACCACAUACACGUUUGGUGUUUGGAGAGCUUAGAAGAUGGCAUUGGGUCUCCUGGAAGUAGAGUUACAGAUUGUUGUG